AAAAGAGAGAAGAAAAAAAAAACCAGAAAAGAGAGAUAUAAAUGAAGCAGAGCAGAAGAUGAGCUUCUGUGGAAGUCAGAGAAAAGUCAGAGGGAUAGAAGAACCGAGAUAGGGAGAGAGAGAGAGCCGAGAGAAGAGAAAAGACGACGAAGCGACGCGAUUCCAGGGUUCCUUCGAUCGACGAUUUGAUUAUUUUUUCCUUAUUUUCUCGGUCGAAGAAGAAGAUAAAGCAUCGAUCCAUGGCCGAUUGAUAAGAGUUUAUCUCCGGGGGUUCGGAGUUUUAGAAAACCUAAAAAUAGAUGGCAGUCUCUUUCCCUCGUCUUCCGAGGUGGUUGUGUGGUGGUAACAGUAAAGAGAGAGAGAAGAAGGAGUCAAUUCCAAAAGGAUCUUCUUCACUGAGUCCUUCACUUAAGAAGACUAAGACUGGAUCUUCUUCUUCUUCUUCUUCUUCGUCUACGGUGAAGAAGAUGAAGAGAGGAUGGAUUGGAAGAGGAGGGUCAGGAGGAGAGGAGGAGAAGAUUGGGAAUGUGGUGUUCCCUGAGCCAGAUGAUCCAGAGUGGUCAAUUGGUUGGGUUGAGCCACAUGGACCAGGGUUUAAGAGCGAGGAUGAUAGUGGUGGGUUUGUGGUUCUGGUUCCUUGUUACAAGAAAGUGAUGGAUGGUUCAGGGAAUCAGAUUCCAAAUGGUUUCUUCUCUCCUGCUCCUGAUGGGAAGAAUAUGGAACAGUGGCUGUCGUCUAUGGGGAAGCUAUAAACUGGAGAUUGGGAAGAUCAAGACUAUUUCUUUGAUGUUUCAGUAUCAAAUAAAUCGAAAAAAAAAGAACAAAAAGAAAAAGAGAAAGAAGCAAGAUUCGUGGAUAGCUUCUGGAGACUUCUUUGGUUUUCUGUUUCAAGUUAGUGACAAACAAAACAUCAAGUCAUCUCUCAAGAAUCUACUAAUGGACAAAGAUGAAGGUGAUGGAGACUUCGCAACAUAAAGAUGAUGAAGAAUGGUGAAUUGAUAUGUUAUGAAUAUGAUAUGAUAUUGAGUAUUGGAUAUUUUUCAUGUGGGUGUUUCAAGUGAAAGCGUUUUCUGCUUCCUCACUUCUGUGGUCGAGAUUAUUGGGUUUUGGGAAGAAAGAAAAAAAGAAUAUCUUUUGUUUUGUCUUUUGUGGUUGAUGAUGUGUAAUAGUGUACAUGUACAUAAGUUUCUGUCUAUUAUUUCUUUCUAA